CACCGCAAUUGUCAUCAGUCGUUGAGUGACCGUUAAAGCGGCAAGAUCGACUUAUUCCUCUGUGAGGAAACUACGGUACAUAAAUAACAAAAAAUUACAUCUCGGGUUCGAACGGUCAAAAUAAACAAACUUAGUGAACGUGUAGUAUAAACAAGUUAACAAAAAAUCCAAAAGCAAUUGCGUAGACAUGAAUCAUUCUACGAUAUGCCUUUUGUUGGCCUUCAUGCAAGUGUUUGCAUAUGUUCGGGCAGAAGGCACAUACACUGUUAUCGCCCCCGGCACCAUUCACUCGGAAGACAAGUAUACAGCUGCCGUUGCCGUUCAUCAUGUGGAUCAGGCGUGUCAAAUUAAGAUAGGCAUCACUGGCCCCUCGUACAAUGAGACCAAAGUUGUGGAAGUUAAGAAUGCCGAAAUCAAAAAUGUCGACUUCGAUGUUCCCGCCUUAGAGAAGGGCGAUUACAAUCUCACAGCAGAGGGUGUCAACUGCUUUGAUGGCUUUAAGAACACCACCAAACUGAACUAUGCCAAAUUUGAUCCUUAUGUAAGGAUUCAAACAGAUAAGGGCCUCUAUAAGCCAGGCGAUGUAGUCAACUAUCGUGUUGUGUUCUUGGACAAGGAUUUGAAACCAGCUACUGUGGAUAAGAAUGUCAUGAUCUGGUUUGAGGAUGCCAAAAGGAAUCGCAUUAAGGAAAUUAAAGAUUUCACUCUCAGCCAUGGUGUGCAUACGGGCAAAUUUCAAAUUUCCGAAUUCCCUGUCAUGGGACAUUGGCGCAUGGGGCUAUCAGGUAUGGGUGGUCAUGGGCGUGUUGUUUACUUUGAAGUGCAAAAAUAUGUUCUACCCAAGUAUGUGGUAAGUGCUGAGGCCACAGAAGCGGUAUCGGUGAAGGAUGGUGACAUGCAGGUUGUUGUGCGUGCCAACUACACCUAUGGCAAGCCCUUGAAUGGCAAGACAACCGUCAUCUUAACCCUAGGUUCCAGAUACUAUCAUUAUCAGAAUGAUGCCAUGGCAGCAGAACAAAAGGAACCCCCAACUAUUAUCAAGACCGCUGACAUGGUUCAGGGCAAAGCUAAAAUCGAUCUCAAUGUCAAGGAACUAGAAGCCUAUCUGCAUAAUAAGGAGUACUCAACAUAUGGCAGCAUAGUGGCCACUGUGGAAGAGGAAUUCACUGGGGUGAAAAUCAAUGCCACUGCCAGCACACAAAUCUAUCCCUAUCGUUAUUCCAUGCAUUGUGCUGAAUAUGAUACUUGCUACUCCUUUGAGGCCGAUAAGGAAAAGGAAGUUACCAUUAAAUUGAGUCUGGUGGAUGGCACUCAUCUAUCGGAUACCAAGACUCCGGUGGAGCUAGUCUAUCAUGAAGUGCUCAACAAGCAUGAUUACUAUAGACCAGUUCACUACAAUGAUGAUGGCACAGAGAAGGAGACUACCACCACAAUGAGCCCACCUGUGGCCGAGAAUCGUACCUUUAGCUUUACCUCAUACAUGAAUGCCACCGGCUUUGCCAUCUUCAAAGUAUCCCUGCCUGACUUGAAGGAAUACGAAGGCCAUUCUCAUUAUUACAACAUGGUAGCUCACUAUCGCGAUGAGAAACGUGACAUUAGCAAUGCCUAUCAAUAUCGUGAGCCUAAGAAACUGGAUAAACCCGAGACCAAUGAAGAACCCAAGGAUUACUUUAAAAUCAAAGACAAAUACUACAAUGAACGUCCCAAGCUUAACCAUGAAGACCAAUUCACCAUUAACUCCAGCAAGCCUUUGUCCUAUUUCGAUUACAACAUCAUUGCCCGUGGUAAUAUCUUGAAGAGUGGCCAUGUCGAUUUGCCCGAGAAUACCAAGGUCUACAAUCUGACCUUGACCCCAGACUAUUUGUAUGCUCCGCACUUUGGCUUAUAUGUCUACUAUGUGGAUGAGCAUGGUGAAUAUCAUUAUGCCGAGGAGACCUUUUAUGUCGAAUUUGAAUUGCAGAAUCAUAUCAAUGUAACCGCCGCCAAGCAGGUUAAGCCCGGUGAAGAAGUUGCCUUGAAAAUUAAAACUGCUCCCAAUUCCUUUGUGGCCCUUACAGCUGUCGAUCAAAGUGUUCUCUUGCUGAGAUCCAACAAUGACUUGAGCCAUUCGGAAUUUGGCUGGACUGUGGGUUCCUAUAAUACACGUACACCACACCAGGGCGGUUAUUCCCAUUAUCCUGGAUCAGCCAUCGGCUGUGUAACUUUGACAAAUGGCGAUUAUUUCUAUAACUGGACCAAACCGGAUUACAUGAUGAUAAGUGAGUUAGGAAAUCGGGUGUAUUACAAACAAGGUGUACAAAACGCUAUAGUGCAUGAUGAUGUUAGUGUGAGUAAGAUUAGCGGCUCAGGUGUGCGUGCUGGAGCUGCACCUGCUUCACCUUCUGCUCACGCCGGUUUUGGAGCUGGUGGUUCUAGCGGUGAUCCAAUUCAAGUACGCAAAGACUUUUCGGAAACCUGGUUGUUCGAUAAUAUUGAAAACACUGAUAAGGAAGAAUUCACCUGGUCCAAGAAGAUUCCCGAUACCAUUACCUCUUGGGUAGUGUCCGCCUUUGCCAUGAACAAAGAAAAGGGUUUGGCUGUAACAGAGGAUAAGACCAAGAUUACCACCUUCCAGCCUUUCUUCAUCUCAGUGCGUUUGCCUUACUCUGUUAAAAGAGGUGAAGUCAUCAAUGUACCUGCCUUGGUUUUCAACUACUUGAACAAGGAUUUGGAUGUCGAAGUUACUCUGGAUAACACCGAUGGUGAAUUCGAAUUCACCGAAGUCAAUAAUGAGGUCAUUGGUGAAGAAAAACGCACCAAGACAGUGCGUGUACCUGCCAAUGGUGCUGCCGGUGUUGCCUUCAUGUUGCGUCCCAAAGUUUUGGGCAAUGUUUUGCUGAAGUAUACCGCCGUUUCACCUGUGGCCGGUGAUGCUGUCCACAAAGCCAUGAAGGUGGUGCCCGAAGGUAUUACCAAAUAUGGCAAUCGUGCCUUCUUUGUCAAUCUGAAUAAGGAACCUGAACAAAAGAGCUCCUUUGAAUUGGAAUUGCCUGCUGAAAUUGUGCCCGACUCCCAACAUGUUGAGGUGGGAGUUGUUGGUGAUAUUUUGGGUCCUGUUGCCAAUAAUUUGGAUAAUUUGGUGCGCUUACCCACCGGUUGUGGUGAACAGACCAUGUCUUCCUUAUUGCCCAACUAUUUGGUUAUGAAAUAUUUGGAGAACACCAAACGUUUAACGCCCAGCUUGGAGACUAAGUUGCGUUACAACAUGGAGACUGGUUAUCAACGCAUGCUUAACUACCGUCAUGAUGAUGGCUCCUUCAGUUCUUUUGGACCCUCCACAGACCAUAAACAUCCCAACAAUGGCUCCACCUGGUUGACAGCCUAUGUGGUGCGUUCUCUACAACAAUUGGAGGACUAUAUUAACGUGGACCCCAAGAUUGUGUCUGGGGGUUUGGAUUAUUUAAUAAAGCAACAGGCUGAAAACGGUUCCUUCACCGAAAAGGGCAGCUUCUUCUAUAUAUCACAGGCCAAUCAUGUUUCCCUGACCAGCAGUGUAUUGUUGGCUUUGUUGGAGAAUAAGACCAAUGCUGAGAAAUACUCUGCUCAAAUUGAAAAAGGACUCUCAUACAUAGCCAAGCAUGAGGAUGACUCGAAAUCGCUGCAUGCCCAAGCCAUUGCUGCCUACACCUUGAACAAGGCCAAACAUGCUGCUGCCCCUGAAAAAUUAGCCCAUUUGAAUAGUUUGGCCAAGACUGAUGGUGAUCGCAAAUGGUGGUCCUCUUGGGAUAGACCUCAUCAGCUGAGAUGGUGGCUUUAUGUCUAUAGCAGUGAUGUUGAAAUCAGUUCCUAUAUUUUAUUGACUCUGCUGGAUCAACCUCAAGCCAGUGUCGAUGAGGUCUUCCCCAUUAUCAGAUGGUUGGUGGCCCAACGUAACAGCUAUGGUGGUUUCUCCUCAACCCAGGAUACAGUGGUCGGUCUGCAGGCCUUGAUAAAGUUUGCCAAAUUGGCUGAUUACAAACCCGCUCAAAUGGUUGUUGACAUUGCCUCCAAGGGUGGUGACAAGGAAAAGCAAGAGAGUGUCAAAUUGAAUGAGGAAAAUGGAAUUUUAUAUCAAAACUUUGAGAUGCCCGACAAAACUAAGACAGUAGAUUUCUCAGCCAAGGGUACCGGCACCGCCAUGGUUCAAAUUGCCUAUCAGUACAACAUUGUGGAUAAGGAUGCCAAGCCCAGUUUUGUCCUUACCCAUAACAAACAAAAUUCUGCUCUUAAAUCACUGCUAUUAAUGGAAGUCUGUGCCGAAUAUCAAGGAGAAGGUGAAGCCUCCAAUAUGGCUGUAUUGGAGAUUAAUGCCCCUUCAGGAUAUGUGGUCGAAGAGGAAAGUUUGCCAGCCAUAAAUAAGGUGCCCCAUGUCAGCAACACCGAAUUGAAGAAUGCCGAUUCCCUUUUGGUUGUCUAUUUCGAUCAUUUGUAUAAGAACAAAAAGACUUGCAUUCUCUAUGAGGCCACCAAGGCCCAUGCUGUGGCCAUGCAAAAGCCUGCCUCCAUUGUCGUGUACGACUACUAUGACACCAGCAUGAAGGCCACCGAUUUCUACGAGGUCGAAUCGAAACUUUGCGACAUCUGUGAGGGUGAAGAGGAGUGCAGCAAAUGCAAAUAGGCCACAUAUAUUUGGUUGCCAUUUCAUUUAGAUUUGCCUCAAAUCUAAAGAUAUACGAUUUUUAUACAAAAAGCUUUAUGAGAUUCUCCCCCUUUGUAUUGUUUCUUUCCAAAACAAAAGAGAUUCAACUCUCUUCUUUUUACAAAUGUUUAUUUAAAACGAAAAAUCCUUUAUAAAAAUAAAAAAAAAACCAAAACAAACUAAA